UUCAACUUUAAAAAUGUGGUUUGAUAUAAAACGAAUGCAUGUUGGCGAAAUAGCAUUUUAAUUGUAAUCUCUCAUCAUGGACACAGCUUUUAAAUAUCUGUUUACUCUUGCCAUAUCUAUCAUUGCUAUGUGUCAAGGCAGUCAUUUUCGAGGAGGAGCAAUAAGUUGGAAACCAACCGGAAACGGUCGAGAAAUCGAAUUUACGUAUAAGCUUGGCUGGACAUUCAGUCAUGGCGCAGGCUGUACUUCUUCGCUUGUUGGUUCUUAUGUGAAUAAAACUCUUUUCGACUGGAAAUGUACCUACGGAUGCGGAAGCGGAUCAAUUACAUUGUCAUCAAAAGGAUAUACAUGCAUAUCCGCCAGCAGCUCACAAAACUGGGAAUUAGGGGAAUAUUCCUUUUCAUAUACGUUUAGUUCAGAUGGAAAAUUCACCGUUAGUUAUUCAAGUUGUUGCUGGAUAGCUUUAGAUUAUGGAACAGGAUCAACGGACAUAAGCCUUGCAACCACCGUAGAUUUACGAUUACGAUCAGACUUGAAAGUUCCAAACACUAGUCCUGUUGCCUCUUCAAAACCUUUAUACACGAUUAAACAUGGAUGCACAGAGACAAUAAAGAUACCAGUAAUAGACAAAGAUGGAGACAAUGUUAGAUGUAGAUGGGCUGUAGGAGAUGAGUGCGGUGGGGCCUGCUCGAGAAUUCAGAAUGCAGUCUUAGACGCUGACAAAUGUACACUGACCAUAGACGCUAUAGGAAACGCGGAUGAUACUUAUGCCGUUGCUAUGGUGGUAGAGGACAGACCCAAUAGUACAAUAACUUUAGGUGACGAAACUUUCACAUCUAAAGAUACUUUGUCAAGCGUUCCUAUUCAAUUCCUGGUCAACACACCUGAUAUUCAAUCUCGAUCAUGUUCGGAGAAACCUGUUUUUGUAUAGCCUACACCAGUGGAAGGUGAAGUCAUAGUUGUGCCACCGGCAAAGGCGCUUGUCCUUAGUGUGUAUGCUACAUCUGAAGGGUCUAGUAUCAAGGAAUUUCUGUCAGUUGGACCUCCGGGGAUGCAAAAAUCAACGAUUCGCCAAUUAAGCCAUUCACCCCAGGUAUAUUCUGUUGGUCUAACAUGGGUACCAACACCUGCUGAUAAAGGUUCACAUUCACUGUGU